AUGCCAUCUUCAUCCAAAGCGCUCGAGGAGAGCAUUUCACAGCAGCUUGACGACUACAUAUCCGAUUUUAACAAAGGAGACUUCGACAAGGCCGCAACAAACUACCUCGAGCCUGCAGUGACCCUGUCCGCUAGUUCGGUGUCAAUUCUCUCUAACCGUCAAGAUCUGGCAGAUAUGCUCUCCAGCGCCGUUACACGGCUUCGUAAGGACGGCUUUGAUCACUCCGAAUAUGUCGGUCCCAAAAAGAUUAUCAUCCUGGAUGACAAGGGUCUUGCCCUGGCUAGCUGUGCAACCAAGCGACUACGAAAGGACGGCACCUCAUGCGAGGAGUUCACUGCGACCUACACUCUUCGAAGGACGGAUGAAUCUGGGUGGUUGAUUGCGGCGAUUCAUUCACACCCAAUAGAUAGUCAAUUGAAAUAG